CUGACAGCAAGUCAUUCACAGCAACAAAGCAAGUUUGUACAGGAACCUCAGCGCGUGUCAAAACUGACCGAACAUGAAAUAUCUCCCACUUUUUCCUUUUCUGCUCCUCAUCCUCCAGAACCACAAGAUCCACUCGGACAGGAUUGAGACAAAUGAGGAUUGUGCUUGGAGUUGUUCUGAGGGUCUACAGUGUAAACCCAGAGCUUACUCUCCACUGUCAGCAUUUCACUGCAGGAAUCAGCCUGUUAGCAGCGCCGUGUUUAAUAAUGUGAUGUUGUCUAAUGUGUUGGCGUGUGAAGGGAGAAAAUGUUCACUCCAGCUUAAAAUCACAACAUCAGUGAAUGCUACUGGUGAUAUUCGUGGAGUCUCAGUGUGUGCCGACUCUGCAGGGAUGAUAGGACAUUGCCAGAUUUACACCUUUGGCCAUGUUGGCAAAGGAAAAGCCACAGGGAAACAGGUUGAUGUGAAGUUUAAAUGUGUUCCUGUUAGACCUGGACAGCUUGUGUUUGUGACACUCAAAACCAUUCCCAACUACUGUAAGGCCACGUGGACACAAAGACACCUUGUUCCUGAAUGCAGUCAUGAAGGUAUCAGAGAUGAAAUUGCAGAGUGCAUCACUGGGAAGCUGGCAUACACUGUGGAUAAAGCCAUGAAUGCGUUAACAGUGAAAGUGACUGAUGCUCCAGAGGACACAGACUACAAUCUCCGGCUCUGCCAUAAACGUAAGGUCAUCUGUGCCGGGGAAGGGGCUCAUAUGAAGAUAAAGCCACAACAUCUACAGAGUAGCAUAAUGCUUCAUUAUUCCAAACCAUUACCCUGUUUGUGCAUCGAGGGCUGGCCUGCCAGAGUAGAUGCAAGGAGAGUUCAGGUGUGCCCAUUCAAAAACAAUUUAGAAGAACUGUGGUCUGGGAUAACCUUUGACUUCAAUAAGGAAGAGCUGAUAUGGGAGCCGCAGUGUCCAGUCAAAGUGUCAGUUUCUCUGUGCCAUGCUGAUGGAGGGAAACACUGUCAAGACAUUGGAAAUGUUUUCCAUUCAGAGGGGCAAAAAGUGAUAUUCUCUUCCGUGGAUCCACACCCAACGCUUUGCACGAAGUUUACCACUGAAGUGGGGACAUGGAUAAAGUGUCCUUUUGCAAAAGGAAAUUUCUCAGUCUGGACAGCAAAGAUUACAUCAAAAGAUGGUCAGCAGUGGGCAGAGAUUUCAACAUGGGUCGAAGCCAGCUUCUCCGUUUCUGUCUGUGAGAUGAAACCCUCCUCUCAGUGUAAACAAAUCGAGGGAAACGAGUUCCCAAACUUUUCUGUGGACAAAAUGAAGCACACAGUUUUCAACUUGUCUAAAAGUUCGUGCGAAGUGUGUGUCUGCAUCCAGGUCCAGAGGGUAGAUGUGCGCUUUUCAGUCCCUGUGCUUCAAUGUGACUUGCAGUGUUCAAAUUGGUGCCGUGACCCAGAGAGAAGUCAGGACAUUGAGAAGAUUUUAUUGCCUGCUGUCAUAUUUCUGACCGUGAUCCUGGCAGCUGUCUUGUUUGGUAGAAUGAUAUUAAAAGAUGGGGACAAGAAGAAAACACCAUGGAGGAAACUCACAUGUUUGAGGAUGAAUCAGUGACAAGCACGCCUUCUCAACAAGAGGAUGUAGAUUGUAGGAUAGUUCUCAAUAAAGCAUGCGUGUAAUCCUUUUUUAUUUUUAUUUUUUUACUGUAAGACUGAAGCCUAACAUAAUACUUGUUUAUUGUCUAAUGCACACAUUACAAGUUGUAACAUUUGAAAACUGUAACUAAAUACAUUGUUUUUUUAUGCAUAAUGUACCAGCUGCUUUUAUGAGUUUAUAACACGCAGUGUAUUAACAUGAAUUUUGGAGCAUUUGUAUAAGAAACUUUUUUAUGUAAGUCAGUGUAAGACUGAAUUUAUGUUACACAUUAAUAGUUUCCUGCUUUGCAUAAUCAAAUUCGUUUUUGUCACCUAUGAGUUACUACUUUUGUACAGCAGAGGGCAGUGUCGCUAACAAAUGAAUGUCUGUGUCAGCAGUGUGAAUGAGUUUUUGCUUCUGAUGUUGAUAUUUCUCUCACGUCAGGCUUGAAACUAGGUCACAAAUGGGUGGUCAGCUUACAGACACUUGUGUAACCCCAAUGUGUUGGUUUACUGCCAUAGAAAUUUCUGCAGCUGCACAUGUUCCUGUGUCUCCUGUCCCUGUCGUCAUUAUAUUCGAUGACACACUUUUUCUCUGAUCCUGAGGAUUCAGAGAUACUGUAUGACAAUUCUGGACGGUGCUGCUCUGUGCCGAUGGGAGGGGCCGGGUGGAAUCGGCUCUGGGGUUUGCUGAUGAAAACAUUCCUGAAGGAUAGAGUAAAGCCCAAACAAUAGAGCUCAAUACCAAUACAGUUUUGGGGAGAUGCCACCAUUCUCCAGUUUAGUCUGUGAUUUUAUUGUGUUUUUAUGAGCAUCAACUGAAUAAACUUUAUUUUUUAUUUUUUAUCAUACUCAAGAGUUCACAGGGUUCACUUGAAAAUAAAGGGGGUUUCAUAGUGAUGCCACAAAGGAACCAUUCAAAUAACCUCUCAAGGAACAGUUCUUAAAUCAGUGUGUCAAUAGCAU